AUGGACGCGUCAGACAUACGACUUCUUCGGCUUAAAGUGUUUGCCGGACAUAACUUGGCGAAGAAGGAUAUCUUUGGCGCAAGUGAUCCAUACGUUCGCAUCGACUUAAUACGAAAUGCUGACGACUCGGUCAUCGACUCUGUUUACACGAAGACUAAGAAAAAAACAUUGAAUCCAAAAUGGGAGGAAGAGUUCAUAUUCAGAGCCAAUCCUAAUAACCAUAGAUUACUGUUAGAAGUGUUUGAUGAGAAUCGGUUGACUCGCGAUGACUUCCUCGGAAUGGUUGAACUCCCACUCCAUAACAUUCCCACAGAAAGAGCCGGUCGUACCAUAUCUCAGAAGUAUUACAUUUUGCGUCCGCGAAGUGCCCGGUCCAAAGUGAAGGGUCAUCUGCAGCUCUAUCACGCGUACAUCACUUCCACUGAAGAAGACGAGACGCAAUCCAUUCAAGAGAAUGAGCCCGGUUGGGAAGUGGUUGACGUUGAGAACGGCUCUGAAGAGCAAGCGGCCCAACCCAUUGUUAUGCAAUCGAGUAGUUCUGAGUCGAUAUCGACUAUAUUGCCGUCGGGUUGGGAGGAACGACAGGAUGCCAACGGACGGACAUAUUUCGUGAACCAUAUCGCACGGACCACCCAAUGGCACCGACCGACUGAUACAACCAGUAUUAAUGAAGACCAAACGCAACAAAGAAGUUUAGAAUCGGCUCAAGAGUUCAGACGUCGUGUCCACAUAAGUGUCGAACAAAAUGGCGAACAGAACUCAACAAAUGAAGAGUCCAUUAGUGUUAGUUUCGAUGGUUUACCGAACGGCUGGUCAUUACAAGUGGCACCGAAUGGACGCAUAUUCUUCAUUGACCACAACUCUAAGACGACCACUUGGAUCGACCCGAGGAAUGGAAAGGCAAGUCCUGCGCCCAACCAGACCAAUGUGGCCAAUAGGCCGAAGUGCAGUACAGUCGACGACUUGGGACCCCUUCCUGACGGCUGGGAGGAAAGGAUGCACACCGACGGACGCAUAUUCUUCAUCGACCACAACAACCGGGUCACACAGUGGGAUGACCCUAGAAUUAACAAUCCAAACAUUGCGGGGCCGGCCGUUCCAUAUUCCCGAGACUACAAACGCAAAUACGAGUACUUGCAGCUCCGUUUGCCCCGACCAUCUAACGUGCCAAAUAAGUUUGAAAUAAAAGUUAACAGAAACAACAUAUUUGAGGACUCGUAUCGAUCCAUUUCCAGCAUAAGUCGCGUCGAUUUACUCAAAACCAAACUAUGGCUUGAGUUUGAUCAGGAAGAGGUGCUGGACUAUGGCGGCGCCUCCAGGGAAUGGUUUUAUUUGCUCUCCAAAGAGAUGUUUAAUCCAUAUUACGGUUUGUUUGAGUACUCGGCUGCGGAUAACUAUACGCUUCAAAUAAACCCAUUCUCUGGGAUGUGUAAUGAGGAGCACUUGUCUUACUUUAAGUUCAUCGGACGUGUGGCAGGAAUGGCUAUAUUUCACGGCAAACUGUUGGAAGCCUUCUUCAUCCGACCCUUUUAUAAGAUGAUGUUAGGAAAGCCCAUCCAAUUGAAGGACAUGGAGAGCGUGGACACCGAGUAUUUCAAUUCUCUCAAAUGGAUCCUAGAGAACGAUCCUUUGGAGCUCGACCUCAGGUUCUCCAUCGAUGAGGACCUCUUCGGACAAAUAGAACAGCGAGAGCUCAAGCCUAAGGGCUCACACAUUGCCGUCACUCAAGACAAUAAACUUGAAUAUAUUGAUUUGGUGAUUCAAUGGCGAUUCGUUUCUCGAAUUUUACCACAAAUGGAGGCAUUUCUCGAGGGAUUCAAUGAAUUGAUUCCAUUAAGUCUUAUUAAAGUGUUCGACGAACACGAGUUGGAACUACUCAUGUGUGGCAUCGGAAACGUUGACGUGAAGGACUGGAAGCAAAACACUGUCUACAAAGGCAGUUAUCACCCCAACCACAUCGUUGUCCAAUGGUUUUGGAGGGUGGUGCUGUCGUUCAACAAUGAGAUGCGUUCCCGUCUGUUGCAGUUCGUGACGGGCACCUCACGGGUGCCUAUGAAUGGCUUCAAAGAACUGUAUGGAAGUAAUGGCCCCCAACUGUUCACUAUAGAGAAGUGGGGAACCCCUCACAAUCUGCCCCGUUCUCACACAUGUUUUAAUCGAUUGGAUUUACCCGCUUAUGAAAGCUAUCAGGAAUUGAGGGAAAAGUUGAUUCAAGCGAUUGAAGGCUCGGAAUCAUUUGGAGGAGUCGAUUGAGACAUUGGAUCUAUUGAUGAUUUAUGCACUCAUUUCUAAAUUAUUAUAUCUUUUAAUAUAUAUAUUGUUUUUAAGAGAAGAUAACUGAACGGAAGACUCUGUGAUUUUAUAAAGAAUUGAUUAAUUCGAGUAUUUUAAUCGUGAUAUCACUUAAUUGUUGGCUUAAAUCGCUUAUAAAAAAAUUUAAAGUUAUUGUAUAAAAGUUUUCAAUUAGUUUUCAAUUGAAUUUUGUAUUAUUGUAUAAAUAUAAAGGAAAUAUAAGGCAAUUAUAAUGUAAUUCAAGCUAUUAUUCAAU